GUCAGAGUAUAUCUCAGAUGUAGGCAUCACUUUCCCAGGUAAUAAAUUUAAGGUUAUUUACGAUGACGCAGCAGACAGGUUUAAAUGACACCCAGAGGAACGGCAGCGGGUGAUUCACCUGUUCUCACAGGUGAGACGCGGCUCCAGGCGUUUUCACUGAAGACGACUAAUGUGAACCAUGCUACUGUGAUUCUCGUUGUGCUUCUUGUUGUGUUGCUUAUGUUUCCUGUUGUGUUUCUUCCCCAGGGUUUUCUGUAACAGCACAGAAUAAACAUGACGGUUUCCUACACGCUGGAAGUGGCUGAUGUGAGGUUUGCGGGUUUGUCGAAGCUCCUCUUCAGGUGGAAGGGGAGCAUCUACAAGCUGCUUUACAAGGAGUUUAUUCUGUUUUGUGGGGUUUAUUCCUUUUUUAGUGUCUUUUACAGGUUCUUCCUCUCACCGAGGCAGCAGGAUCUGUUUGAGCGUAUCGCCCUUUACUGUGACCAGUUCACCAACACCAACUUCAUCCCAGUCUCCUUUGUUCUGGGUUUCUAUGUGACCCUGGCCUUUAAUCGCUGGUGGGGCCAGUACACCAGCUUCCCGCUGCCCGAUGACCUGAUGAUGGUGGUUUCGGGAAACGUCCACGGGGCCGAUGAGAGGGGUCGUCUGCUGCGACGCACGCUCAUGCGAUUCGCCAACUUGUCUUCGGUUCUCAUUCUGCGCUCCAUCAGCACCAGGGUGCACAAGCGUUUCCCAACUUUGGAGCACAUCGUGGAAGCUGGGUUUAUGACAACUCUCGAGCUGAAGAAGUUGGAGUCGCUGCACUCUGAUUUCAACAAGUACUGGAUGCCUUUGACCUGGUUCUCGAACCUGGCGUCCAGAGCGAGGGAGGAGGGUCGGGUGAGGGACGACAUAGCCCUGAGACUCCUGAUGGAUGAGCUCAACAAGUACAGAGGCAAGUGCAGCCUGUUGUUCCACUACGACUGGAUCAGUAUCCCUCUGGUCUACACUCAGGUAGUGACUAUCGCAGUUUAUUCAUUUUUUGGCUUCUGUGUGAUCGGCCGCCAAUUUCUGAACCCGGAGAAAGGAUACAAGGACCACAAGCUGGACAUGUAUGUGCCGGUUUUCACCCUGCUGCAGUUCUUCUUCUACAGUGGUUGGCUGAAGGUCGGGGAGCUGAUCAUCAAUCCGUUCGGUGAGGAUGAUGAUGACUUUGAAACCAACCAGCUGAUUGACAGAAACAUUCAGCUUUAUAUCAUCUGA